GGUUUUUGGUAGCUCUAACAAGAAAUUUAAUGUGGAGUUCAACUACAUUGAAAUGCUUACCCCACUUAAUCGUUCUGGUGCUACUUAAAAUCACAUCUAAGAAGCAAACACUUGGGAGACCCACUAGUAGGGACUUUGAUAUCUAAUAUGUUAGAGAAAUUCAUUUUCAAGAGGCCAGGUCAAAUUGGCCUUACCACUCUCAACUAGGCUAGACUGUUAUUACCAAAUUAAGCCCACAUCUAAAUAUUUAAAGUCUUUCUAUGACUACAUAGAUGAGAACAUCCGUGUCAUGUUGGGUGACAAUGGAAUUCCCUGACAGUUCUGGCCACUUGGCUCUUCUGGAGCACUGUGGAGUCCUGGGCUGGAGAAUGGGAUAGAGCUUUCACCCUCACAAAACAGGCCCCUUUGGCGAUGGCUAUGGCAAGCCUCCGAAAAGAAUAUGCUUUUAAGGCUAUUAACCAGGGUGGCCUUACCUCAGUAGCUGUCAGGGGAAAAGACUGUGCAGUAAUUGUCACACAGAAGAAAGUUCCUGAUAAAUUACUGGAUUCCAGUACAGUGACUCACUUAUUCAAGAUAACAGAAAACAUUGGCUGUGUGAUGACUGGAAUGACAGCUGACAGCAGAUCCCAAGUACAGAGGGCACGCUAUGAGGCAGCUAAUUGGAAAUACAAGUAUGGCUAUGAGAUUCCUGUGGACAUGCUAUGUAAAAGAAUUGCUGAUAUUUCUCAAGUUUACACACAGAAUGCUGAAAUGAGGCCACUUGGUUGUUGUAUGAUUUUAAUUGGUAUCGAUGAAGAACAAGGCCCUCAGGUGUACAAGUGUGACCCUGCAGGUUACUACUGUGGGUUUAAAGCCACUGCAGCAGGUGUGAAACAAACUGAGUCAACCAGCUUCCUUGAAAAAAAAGUGAAGAAGAAAUUUGAUUGGACAUUUGAACAGACAGUGGAAACUGCAAUUACUUGCCUGUCUACUGUUCUUUCAAUUGAUUUCAAACCUUCAGAAAUAGAAGUUGGAGUAGUUACAGUUGAAAAUCCUAAAUUCAGGAUUCUUACAGAAGCAGAGAUUGAUGCUCACCUUGUUGCUCUAGCAGAGAGAGACUAAACAUUGUCAUUAGUUUACCAAGUCCAUGAAGCCACUUGCCUGUGUGUUUGAUAACAACAGACCAACAUUACGGAGGCCCUUGGAUUGAAAGAAGAACCUCUCCCACUCCUGCCACCCAAGUGGUUAGGAUUCUGUAUAAAUAAAAACAGUGCUU